GCAUUGAACGUCAAAUUUGUUGUGAUAGAACGAAAUUUAUAUGGUGAUCUAAUUCAAUAAUUAUUAUUUAAAAAUUAAAGCGGCAUCACAAUGGGAUUUCCACCUGUUCCUAAGGAAAUUAAACCGGUGGCACAUUUGUUAAAAGUUGCCGACGAACAUGAGGCCCGAAACAUCGUCGUUGCUUACUGGGCACGAAUGGCUGCCUGUAGAUUAGCAUUAAAAAUCCUUCCUGGUCCUAAGCCACCAGAAGUAUCUGCACUCAUUACAGCAUUGCUUGACUGGCUCGAACAGACAAAACUGGCUAACCCUGAUAAUGAGGGCAUAACAAGUGAAGCUGCUGCACAUGCCCUCAUCGAGGAGUAUGCUUUGCAACUUUUUAAUCAUGGUGAUCAACAAGAUAGAGCUGAGAUAUACAACAAAAACACCGUAAAGACCUUCUACUUGGCAGGAAUGUUAUUAGACGUUUGCGAACAAUUUGACUUAUCCGAGGAGAUGAACGAGAAAAGAAAGUAUGCAAAAUGGAAGGCCGCCUACAUCCACAACUGUUUGAAAACCGGCGAUAAGCCCAUUCCAGGUGCGCCCGGCGAACACGAGAACACCAUCGUGUCCGUCAACGACUUGGACGAUGAAGAACGUGCGAAAUUCUCGUUGAACAAUCCUGGAGCGAACGGAGCUACCGGAUUCAACAUACCACCAGAUAAUGUACCACCCAAGCCAGAGGACACGUUCUCGGCACCGGCACCCGCUUCGUCGCCUGUCACUCCAAGUGUACAACCAGAUCCAGUGCCUUUUCCGAAACCGCAACCAGCUACGCCUGUUACUCCAGUCGCACCAUCCACGACACUUCUACCCUCAUCUGGAAGCGUUUCUCUAGGCCCUGAUCAGAUACAAAAGGCCCAGAAGUAUUGCAAGUUCGCCACUUCAGCUUUAAAUUAUGAUGAUGUUAAGACGGCUAUUGAGAAUCUCCAUAGGGCCUUGAACUUGCUGCAGACUGGCAGUGAAGGCUAAAUAAAGCUUUCCUUUGUAUAAAUGAGCAUGUCGUUAUUAACUUUUAUUUAUAAGUAUACAUAUUAAUAUUUUUGUAUUAUUUAAGCAAAAUUGUUACUGAUUAAAUUGAACGUUGAAUAAAUAAAUUGCUUUGCUUUUAGUUAUAAA